GAUUUCUACAGAUAGCAUGUAUGUAAGAGGAAUUAACUGCUGCUGAGUGCCGUUGUGGACAUGGAAGGUCCAGAGCCUUUCAGAUUCGUGAUUAUGCACACAAAUACAUGACAAAGCAGCAUAUCCCGAGUCCCAAUCACGUGUACCAUUAUGGUUUUCCCUGGCGAUGAACCGAUUACUUGGGCAAUCGUUGGCCUGGAGGUGUAACUAACCAACGUACGAAGUAGAUCUGAGGGUAACAUUUGACUUCGAUGUCAACAGCGAGCAGGAUGAGUGAACAGAACAAGAGCCAGUCUACGUUUUUCCCGCUCGUCAAGGCAGGAGCUCUGAGCGGCUCUCUUGGACUGGUGUAUGGCGGUGUUGCAGGUGUCAUCCGGUCUCCUAAUCCGGUGAUUCAUUCUCUAUCUUGCGGUGUUCAAUGGGCUGCAACUGGGAGCGGUUUCUGGUUCUUGAGAGAGAACAUCUUAAAAUAUCAUUUCGAAAACAAUGCCGAUUCUAAGCAACGCGCUUAUGUCAGCGCUCUAUCAGGGGGCAUCGCUGGAGGCACUGUUACCCGACUACUAGGGGGUCGACUAAUUCCAGGAGUGGUGUUCUUUUCGGCACUAGGCUAUCUGGGCCAAAGCACUUAUAAUGCGAUCGACACAUGGCAAUUAGAAAAGGCCAACACUCCAUCGAAGCCGAUCCUUCAGCGGAUCGCCGAUUCAAAAUGGAUUCCGCUCAAGUCCCUCUCCGAUGAUGAUUACAGGGGGAUUUUGCGCGAGAAGCUCCUGAGCAUCGAGGCUGAGAUCGCACUCCUCGAUGAACAGAUUGAAGGGCUUGAGAAGCUCAAAUCUCAAGGGUCAGAUUUGUCCUCGUCCGACACAUCCACCAGGUGACCAGAAAAUCCAGCCCGUCAAUUUCUACCACGAACGGCCUUGGUGUAAUAGAAUGUUACGGGUUAACAUUUUCUCCCUGGCCCUUGAAGCGCGUAAGGUCUGGCUUGUUGCAACCCUUGACCUAGCCACGCCGAUGCGGAGUACCGCGAAGAUCAUGCGGCUAUUUGGCUAUUCUGGCAUCGAUGAUUGUUCUAAAGAAGGCUUGCUCCCCCAAGGCGAGCCCUAGUGAACCUACUGCCCGCAAAAGCGCAGUAGUUAUCACCAUGUAUAAUAUCACUCUACUAUGUUCCUACUUGUAUAACCCAAGAAUCACGACUAUACCACCCAGAUUAGAGCUGUUGAACUUGUUGUAGCAUGAACUUAGCUCUCUUUCAACGUCUUGUGCAAAUACUCAAAAGCCAUGAGACUUGAAAUAGCGUCAAACGAAAUGAGUUUGCCUCCUAUCUAGG